AUCCUAACUUGUUCACAGCUUUCCUUUUUACUUAUCUAGUCGAUUAAGCAUCAGAAAGUAUGUUUUAAUUUUUAAAUUUGAAAAAGGUGUACUUACAAGUUCGGGUGUUCACACGGAGGAGAGCUACAAUAAUGAAAAAGCUGACUCAAGAAGGGCUAUAGAAGAAACAAGAGUCACGGAACAAGUUGUCACUCUCAAUCUCCAGUACACUAGCUUCCAUAACUCUCUCUCUUUCUUCUCUCUCUAAAAGUUAUCAGAAUAGAAAUCUCUCUCUCUCAACAAGUCUAACAGUGCCAUUUGUAUCUCUGAACUCCAACCAUGGCUCCUCUGGUUCUCUACCUUCUCACUCUCCUCAUGGCUGGCCAUACCACUCUGGCUCUCUGGUUUAAGAAACCCUUAAUCUACAAAGCUUGCUUUCCUCGCAAAUGAACUACCUUACUUAUCUCUUAUGCAACUCUUGUUGAUGAUUUGCAAACAUCUUAACCUCUCGAAACAAGAUUUACAAAUCUUACUGGCUUCACUUACAAUUUUGUUCCCAUUUUUUUCUUCUUUGGUAGGUGCCUCAUGGUGUGUGUGCAAAACAGGGCUGAGUGACUCAGUGCUACAAAAGACAUUAGACUAUGCUUGUGGAAAUGGAGCUGACUGUAACCCAACUCACCCAAAAGGCUCUUGCUUCAAUCCUGACAAUGUUAGGGCUCAUUGCAACUAUGCAGUCAAUAGCUUCUUCCAAAAGAAAGGUCAAGCUUCUGAGUCUUGUAACUUCACUGGUACUGCCACUCUUACCACCACCGAUCCCAGCUAUACAGGAUGUGCAUUCCCUUCUAGUGCUAGUGGUUCUAGUGGAAGCGGUAGCACCACCGUGACGCCAGGCAAAAACAGUCCAAAAGGAAGCAACAGCAUCACCACAUUUCCCGGCGGAAACAGUCCAUACUCUGGCACACCAUCCACCGGCUUAUUAGGAGGCAAUAUCACUGAUGCUACUGGAACCGGGUUGAACCCGGAUUACUCAACCGAAAGCAGUGGAUUUGCGCUCUAUUACUCCAACAACCUUCUGUUAACCGGCUUUUGUUCUCUCGUGAUGAUGCUCUGAACUGAAGAAGAAUCACUGUCUUCUUUUAGUUUAUGCUUAGUCAAAAAAUAUGUUAUUUAUAUGUUCUUGUUGUUUUAGAGAUAAUUUAAUCUGGAUUUCGGUUCUUUUUUACUUUCCGGUUUUAAGAAAACACUUAUCAAUGUAAAACCAAAUCUACUAUCGAUCGGUUUGGUACGAAUUGUUUAUCUUUUGACUAAGAUUUUUCUUCUUUUUGGUUCGGAUUGGGUCUAAGAAAUUUCGAACCAACUAAACCACAAUAAGAUUU